AUCUAGGGUUUAUCAUUCAUAAAGUUGACUAGAUGGGCCCUGCUAGUCUAUUUUUUGCCAUCGUAGUUUAAAAACGAGAUGAACAAACCGCUGUCCACACGUGGCGCAGUAGCAGCCUGUCCCAACACACGCCUCGUUCGUUCAUCCUUACUGCCCCACGUGUGUGUCAGACAACUCCUGCACGUUUCGGAUCUACGGCUAAAAUAUGAAGCGACCGAAGUUAAGAAAAGCGAGCAAAAGGGUGUCUUGUGCCAAACGUUACAAGAUUCAGAAAAAGGUUCGGGAACACAACAGAAAACUCAGAAAAGAAGCAAAAAAGAAAGGAAUCACUAAACGCCCUAAAAAGGAUCUUGGGGUCCCAAGCAGCGCCCCCUUCAAAGAGGAGGUGCUGAGGGAGGCUGAGCAACGGAGACUACAGAUUGAAGAAGAGAAGGAGAAAAGAAAACAAGCCAAAAAAGAGGAGCGAGCCCAGAAGCGGAAGAAGGAGAAAGAGGGGUCAACAAAAGAAGCAGAGCCCAAAGCCAAGAAGGCUCGAAAGGAUGAAGCUCAAAGAAAACAGAAAGCAGUUGAGAAGAAUUCCAAACAUUAUCUUUGCUCAGAGUUAAAUAAGGUAAUAGAUGCGUCCGAUGUCAUUAUUGAAGUGCUGGAUGCUCGGGACCCUCUGGGCUGUCGGUGUCCACAGCUCGAGGAGACAGUUCUACAGAAAAACAAGAAAUUAAUUUUUCUAUUAAAUAAAAUAGAUCUUGUACCUAAAGAUAAUGCAGAGAAAUGGCUCCAGUGUUUACAAAGGGAGUUUCCGGUCUUGGCAUUCAAAGCAUCUACACAGAUUCAAGACAAAACUAUGCAGGAGAAGAAAAGCCGGAUAACUCCUUCAAAUGGUUUGUUGGACAGAUCGCGAGGAGCUGCCUGCUUCGGACAGAACUGUCUCUCAGAUCUGCUCACGAGCUUCUACACUGCCUCCAACAGAGAGGGGGCGCUCAAGGUCGGACUUGUGGGUUUUCCAAAUGUGGGAAAGAGCAGUGUGAUCAACAGUGUAAAGGGAGUUCUGGCCUGUAAUGCUGGAGUGAAGAGAGGCAUCACAAAGUCAAUGCAGGAGGUGCACAUCCUGAAAAACAUAAACUUGAUUGACAGCCCGGGGGUCGUAGCCGAGGACUCAAAUCCGGCUCCGGCUCUGGCCUUGAGGUCUCUGAGAGUUGAGGAGGGACUGGAGUCUGAACUACAAGCAGCAACUACACUGCUCAAGCACUGUGAUAAAACUCAGGUCAUGUUACAGUACACUGUCCCAGAUUACAGAAACCCUCUGGAGUUUCUCACGAUGUUCGCCAAAAAACGUGGAUUUCUGCAGAAAGGGGGCGUGGCCAACACAGAGCAGGCAGCAUCAGUGUUCCUGGCUGACUGGACCGGCGCGAAGUUGAGUUAUCACUGCAAACCUCCAGAGAAGAGCCCCCUCCCUCCGUACGUGUCUGAGGAGACUGUGGCUGAGAUGAAGAAGGGAUGGGACCUCAAGAAAAUACAAAUGGGCAACGAAGAAACUUUGAAAGCUGUGAAGUUUCCAAACCCAGCAAGCAGCAUAAGUUUUACUUCCAGAGGACCAACAGCGGGGGUCCUGAAAGUGACUGAAAUCAUUGUAACAGAAAGUGAACAAAAAACUGAAGAGGAUGGAGAAGAUGAAGAUGAGGAGAAUGAGGAGAUGGAGGAGGAAGUAGAUUUACAUGAAGAGGAUGUAAAGAGGCCACAGAAAAAAGUAACAAUUGCAGAACCUCCAGCUCCGGUCCAGCCUGUCACCGUGAAUAUCUCCAGCUCCACCGCAGAUGACGCUUAUGACUUCAGUGUGGACUUCAAAUGAACCAAGAGACAAAAUGUACUCCACUAACAAUUGUGAAAAUAUGGACUUUGAUAAAAGAAAAUAUGGACUUUUCUAUUGCUAGAAAUAGAAACCAAAUCCACAGCAGUUUUAACUUUAAAUGUUGUAUAUAGAUUUGACUAUAUGAAAUAAAAACUACUAUGAAUGUGUAA